CACUCACCAAUUGUCUGUGGUUCACCAAAACCGACCAUCGACCGACGCCAUUAUUGUGAAACAAUUUUUAUUGUUAAUUUUCACGUGCUUCUGUCGGUAUUACGUUUUAUUAAGUAUUUAAAGCUACACUAAACCUAUCAAUAAUGGCUGACAACGACGAUCUUCUCGAUUACGAAGAUGAAGAACAAGCAGAUCAACAGACCGCCGACGGAGCGACCGAAGCGGCGCCAAAAAAAGAGGUUAAAGGAUCUUAUGUAUCAAUCCACAGUUCGGGCUUCAGGGAUUUCCUUUUAAAACCUGAAAUUCUGCGUGCCAUAGUCGACUGCGGUUUCGAGCAUCCGUCGGAAGUGCAGCACGAAUGCAUUCCGCAGGCCGUACUCGGCAUGGAUAUCCUGUGUCAAGCGAAGUCCGGCAUGGGCAAGACUGCCGUGUUCGUGUUGGCCACCCUGCAGCAGCUCGAGCCGUCGGAGAAUCACGUGUACGUGCUGGUGAUGUGCCACACCAGGGAGCUGGCCUUCCAGAUCAGCAAAGAGUACGAGCGCUUCUCCAAGUACAUGUCCGGCGUCCGGGUGUCCGUGUUCUUCGGCGGGAUGCCCAUACAGAAGGACGAGGAGGUGCUCAAGACGGCAUGCCCGCACAUCGUCGUGGGCACGCCGGGCCGCAUCCUGGCGCUCGUCAACAGCAAGAAGCUGAACCUGAAGCACCUGAAGCAUUUCAUCCUGGACGAGUGUGACAAGAUGUUGGAGUCGCUGGACAUGCGGCGCGACGUGCAGGAGAUCUUCCGCAACACGCCGCACGGCAAACAGGUCAUGAUGUUCUCGGCCACGCUGAGCAAGGAGAUCCGCCCCGUGUGCAAGAAGUUCAUGCAGGACCCCAUGGAGGUGUACGUGGACGACGAGGCCAAGCUCACCUUGCACGGCCUGCAGCAGCAUUACGUAAAGCUCAAAGAGAACGAGAAGAACAAGAAGCUGUUUGAACUGUUGGAUGUCUUAGAAUUUAACCAAGUAGUGAUAUUCGUUAAAUCUGUACAAAGAUGCGUAGCUCUCGCACAACUCCUCACAGAUCAGAAUUUCCCAGCCAUCGGUAUUCACAGGAACAUGACUCAGGACGAGAGGCUGACUCGCUAUCAACAGUUCAAGGAUUUCCAGAAGAGAAUACUAGUAGCCACCAACUUGUUUGGAAGAGGAAUGGACAUUGAAAGAGUAAAUAUUGUCUUUAACUAUGACAUGCCUGAAGAUUCAGACACUUAUCUGCACAGAGUGGCCCGAGCUGGCAGAUUUGGUACCAAAGGCUUAGCGAUAACCAUGGUCUCUGAUGAGAAUGAUGCCAAAAUUUUAAACGAAGUCCAGGACCGCUUUGAUGUCAAUAUAACUGAGUUACCUGAAGAAAUUGAAUUAUCAACUUACAUAGAAGGGCGAUAAAUUGAUAUUAUAAUUUUACAGUAAAUUAUGAUUUGUGUAAUAGUGAUAAAUAUAAAUUCACCUGCUACACUUCUGUAGAUUAAUUUAAGGUCUAAAAAAACUUACAUCUGUUUAUAGAUUUGCUCUAUCAGAUUGACUAUAUUUUUAUGUUAAAGCAACUAUAACUACAUUAUUGUUUUACAUUGAAAUUUUGUACUGAAAUGAACAAGCUCAAAGUAAAUUAUCAAACAGUUGGUUGAGAUACAAAAUGUCAUGAUGAAUCUAAUCUUAGAGCAGAGCCUAAAUUUAAGUAAUUAUAGAUUUAAGUCUUGAAUAAAACAUUUGAUAUUGUCUUGAA